UCUGGUACUAACUCGUUUUAGUAAAUGUGAAGCUCCAGUUCAAUUUCUUGUAUUCAGAGUCUUUUUUAUUAUAUAAAUAAGUCAUAAGAGCUAAGACACUACAAUGGCGACGAGGAUGAUUACCUGCAGUGUGCAUCACGAAUGCAGAUGGAGCUCGUAGGAAGAGAGGAAGAUUAUGACCCUGUAAGAGGAAGAUUAUGACCCUGUAAGAGAGGAAGAUGUUGACCCUGUAGCACAACAGCUAGCAAGCAGUGACGACGAGGGGAGAGCGAGAACGAGGCGGCAGGUCAAAGACCCGUGGAGCCGGAGGUAAAGAGAAUGGCUAGCAUCGGGAAAAUAGAUGUUUGAUGACACGCAAGAAAACUGGGCAACUUACAUUGAACGACUGGAACAGUACUUAAUUGCAAACGACAUUGCUGAUAACAAGAGAGAACCAGCGUUGAGUUUAAUUGGUCCAAAAACGUACAGUUUGCUAAGAGAUCUGACUGCCCCUCUGAAGCCCUCAAAUAAAACAUUCACAGAGAUUGUGGAGAUAUUGCAAAAUCACCUAAACCACUCCUCAUCGCGGAACGUUUUCGUUUCCACAAGAGAGAUCAGAAUGAGGGGAGGGUGUUAGUACAUUUGUAGCGGAGUUGAAGAAACUGUCUGAACAUUGCCAGUUUGGAGAGAACCUAAAUGACACAUUAAGGGAUAGAUUUGUUUGUGGACUGAACCAUGAACACAUUCAAAAACGUGUAAAAACGUUUCCUCACAGAAUCAGAUCUCACGUUUGCAAAGGCUGUUGAAAUUGCUGUGACUAUGGAAAUCGCGACUAAAGAUGCAUUUGAGUUGCAAAGUAAAAGAGAUACUGACCUAUCACAAACUUCCCUGCACAAGUUUUCACGCAGCCGACAGCGCCCACGUGUGGCCGAAAAAUGCAACAGGUGUGACGGAGAUGGUCACAGAGCAGAGGACUGCCGUUUUAAAGACGAAAUUUGUCACAAAUGCAGUAGAAGGGGGCACAUUCAAAGAGCACGCAGAGCAAAAUUCAGUCACAACAGGAAAACUGAGAAAAUGAAAGGGUCUGUGAAUGCACUAGUAGAGAACAGUGGCAGUGAUUCAGAUGAACGAUGAAUUGGUACAAUGGAGUUAAACACAGUGACUUCUCCCAGCAGUAGCAUAAUAUGGGUGACACCAGAUAUCGAAGGCAACCCCCUCAAAAUGUAGCUGGACACAGGAUCUGCAGUGUCUAUAAUUUCCACUACUGUCUACAAUGAGCACUUCAAGGCUAUCAAGCUGAAGAACACAAAUGUGUUGCUGAAGACCUACUCAGGAGAGCGAUUGAGCCCAAUGGGGGCGUUGCAGGUCAGAGUGCGGUAUGGGGGGCAAACACAGCAGUUACAGCUGUAUGUGGUGCCUGGAACUGGCCCACCAUUAUUUGGCAGGGAAUAGCUUUCAAAAAUGAAGCUGAACUGGUGUGACUUGAAAAUGCUCCACACGUUCCAGUCCAAAGAGAAAGGCACCGACCAAACACUGGAACACUUGCGGAAGAAAUACAACACAGUGAUCAGAUGGGAACAGUAAAAGGCUUCACAGCAAAACUUGUACUAAGAGAUGACGCAACCCCAAAAUUCUGCGAAGCCAGAUCUGUUCCAUACUCCCUGAGACCAAAGGGGGAAGCGGAAAUCGAUCGCUUGCAGGAUACAGGGUCCUGACGAAAGUGGACAGAAGCGAAUGGGCCACACCCAUAGAUCCUAUUGUGAAGAAAGACGGGUCUGUUAGAAUGUGUGGGGACUUCAAGGUAACUGUGAAUUCAAUGUUGCAUGUGGACCAAUACCCCCCUGCCACGCCUGGAUGACAUCUUUGCUGCACUAGCUGGUGGGAAACACUUCAGUAAAAUCGAUCUGAAACAGGCUUACCUGUAGCUACCGGUUGAAGAGAGCUCCAAACAGUACCUGACAAUGAACACACACAAAGGUCUAUACAGGUAUAACCGCCUGGUUUUUGGCAUUGCAUCGGCCCCAUCCAUUUGGCAACGAACUAUUGACCAGAUUUUGCAAGGAAUCCCAGGAACCCAGUGUAUCCUGGAUGACCUGAUCAUAACAGGACGCACCGACAAAGAGCACCUGGCUAACCUGGAAGAGGUCCUGAGAAGACUGAAAGAGUAUGGUCUACAGGCAAACUUACAGAAGUGUGAGUUCUUCAAAGACAAGAUUGUCUUCUGUGGACAUGAAAUCGACCGCAAUGGAUUGCACAAAACACAGGACAAAAUCGAGGCAGUGGUACAGGCACCAUGACCACAAAAUAUCACAGAAGUGAGAUCUUUCACUGGACUGAUCAAUUACUACAGAAGAUUCCUCCCAAACCUUUCAGCAGUACUCCAGCCUCUAAAUCAGCUCCUGGAAAAGAAUAGGACAUGGCGGUGGACAGAACAGUGUGAAACUGCAUUUCUUGAAGCAAAACGGCUCAUCACAUCUGAACAGGUCCUGAUGCAUUACGACCCUGAACUGCCAGUGAAGUUGGCUUGUGAUGCGUCCCCUUAUGGCUGCGGGGCCGUCCUUUCACACACACUGAAAGAUGGGUCAGAGAGGCCAGUUGCAUUUGCGUCACGAACGUUGAAUGAUGCAGAGAAAAACUACUCACAAAUCGACAAAGAAGCACUGGCGCUAGUGUGGGGCGUCAAGACACUCCACGCAUACCUAUAUGGCAAGCGUUUCACUGGUUACGGAUCACCAGCCGUUGCUUUCCAUUGUCAGUCCAAAGAAAGGCAUUCUGGGAAUGCCAGCAGCCAGGUUACAGCGAUCCGCCUUGUUCCUUCCAGUCAUAUGAAUGCCAGCAGCCAGGUUACAACGAUAUGCCUUGUUCCUCCCAGUCAUAUGAAUGCCAGCAGCCAGGUUACAACGAUAUGCCUUGUUCCUCCCAGUCAUAUGUAUGACAGCAGCCAGGUUACAGCGAUACGCCUUGUUCCUCCCAGUCAUAUGAAUGCCAGCAGCCAGGUUACAGCGAUAUGCCUUGUUCCUCCCAGUCAUAUGUAUGACAGCAGCCAGGUUACAGCGAUAUGCCUUGUUCCUCCCAGUCAUAUGAAUGACAGCAGCCAGGUUACAGCGAUCCGCCUUGUUCCUUCCAGUCAUAUGAAUGCCAGCAGCCAGGUUACAACGAUAUGCCUUGUUCCUCCCAGUCAUAUGAAUGCCAGCAGCCAGGUUACAACGAUAUGCCUUGUUCCUCCCAGUCAUAUGUAUGACAGCAGCCAGGUUACAGCGAUAUGCCUUGUUCCUCCCAGUCAUAUGUAUGACAGCAGCCAGGUUACAGCGAUAUGCCUUGUUCCUCCCAGUCAUAUGUAUGUCACUGAGUUUAAGCCGUCGUCCCUCCACACAAAUGCAGAUGGAUUAUCCAGACUGCCGUGUACAAGAGAAAGACAAAGGAGUGUGGAUGCAGUGGACAUUUUCCAUACCGCUCAGCUCGAGGCACUACCGGUCACAAGCACAGUUAUCAGGAAACAGGAGACAAGGAAAGAUGUGACCUUGUCAAAAGUGUUCACCUACUCCAUGUCAGGAUGGCCAGCUACAGGCAGAGAGGAGCUGACUCCGUAUUUCCAGCGGAGAAAUGAAAUUACAACGUACCAAGGAUGUUUGAUGUGGGGAAUGAGAGUCAUGAUACCCCAGAAAUGCCAACAUCAGGUUUUGCAGCAACUACAAGAAGAUACAGAGCUGUGAAACCCUGUCUGCAGAUGAAGAGCAAUGGUUCCUAGUCCUGUUCCUGGGGUCUCAAAGGGGUGCACAUUUUUAUUUUUGCCUCAGUGCUACCCAGCUGAUUCAAAUGAUCAAGUCAUC